UCAGUCAAAAAGAAGAACGCAGAAAAAAAGAAUACAACCAAACUUCUCCCUUGUGUGCAGUGGUAAAAUAUAGCAUCGGGAAAAAUCCGUAAAAUUGGGACGUAAAAUCGCGUACGCGCUUGGAAAUCGUAUCUCACCGGGAAAAGUGCGUGUCCCCGCAUCCGGAGCAUCUGGAAUAUUCAACGGAAGCAUAAAACAUCAUAAACAGCCAUGAGCAAGAAGGCACCCGCCAAAAACGACGGACCAGUAGAACAGGAAGGCGAAUUCUCCGUUGAAAAGAUUCUCGACAGGAGAGUUGUCAAUGGAAAGGUGGAAUACUAUCUAAAAUGGAAGGGCUACUCAUCGAACGACAACACAUGGGAACCGGAAGAGAAUCUAGACUGUCCAGAUCUGAUCCAAGCGUAUGAAGAAACGAGAAAAAAGAAGGAAAAGGAAGCUAAAGAAGAAGGCUCAAGCAAAAAAGGCCGCAAAUCUACGGCAGACGAUAAAGCACCCUCGGCAAAGAGAAAGUCCACCGGUGGAGAAGACAAGAAAAUCGGUUUCGACCGGGGCUUGGAGCCUGAGGAAAUUCUUGGUGCCACUGAUCAUAAUGGGCAGCUGAUGUUUUUGAUGAAGUGGAAGGACGCGGCCAACGCAGAUCUCGUACCGGCAAAGCAAGCCAACGUCAAGUGUCCGCAGGUUGUUAUCAAGUUUUAUGAAUCGCGCCUCACAUGGCAGACGUCCGAGAAGAAGAACGACUCGAAGGAUGAUUACGCCUAAACACACAAGUAUCAACUAUUGAAUAGAUACGGUUUAAUCGGUAAGAAUAUCUAUAAUGUGAAUCUAUUUUAAGUAUCACUGUUUUCCUGCCCACACAAAUCCGGAAAAUUUUAACGAAAUUUUGGGAAAAUCAUUUUUUGAUAUUUACUGACAAAGCAAUCCGCUUAUUGCAAACCAAGGUUCCAUAUUUUCUAAAAAAUCUCAAAGAACAGUACAGAUAUCUUGAACAGCGAUUAUGAAAUUUGUUAUUGUUUCAAUCGUUUGAGUUUGUUAUAUUUUCAUACAUAGUAUCAAAAGUGCUAUUUAGGUGAACAUAAAAAAGUGGCUUUUCUUUUUUUUUAUAUCAGGUACAAUUAGUUCGUAUCAGUGUGACAUAAUUUGUUUACUUUAGAAUGGCUUAGAAGCAUAUAUAUUUUGUGAAACAACAAAGGAAGACAUGACUGUAUUCGUCUACGUGAAAAGCAAACCUGGAUUAUGUGUAAGAAAGUGGUCAUUUAAAUACUAUAAUAUUCAAUAAAAGUAUAAAAUUAAA